CCUUAACGUCAAGUGUGCUAACUGUCGUGAAAGCACAUCGACGGAGAAAGACGUGAGCAAGACGCUAAUAAGUCCAGUCUUAUUAUUUGUUUCCAGUCUGAAAUAUUUACGUCGUAUAAAAUACAUCUUUGAUUCUUUAUUCAAUGAUAAAUUCGUCUCGAUGCGCUAGAAGCACUAUGCCGCUUCUCGUGCUAUCUUUGCUUGUUAGUUAGCUUAGCUCGCUAGUUAGCUUAGCUUGUUAGCUGCUAACAGAAGUUAUCAACACAUCGCUAAGUAGAGAUCAAGUGUGAGAGUAAAGUGUUGUGAUUGUGUGAAAAUGUCUACAUUACACAUGUUGAGAGCGUUCGUGGAUCAGCGACUAACUGCUGCCGUUGAAGAAAUAUUUGUGAUGUUAGAAAGAACGAUAGCAGAAUACGAGGCGGAACUUUAUAGAACAAAAGAGGAGAACUAUCAACUAAUGGACGCUGUUUUCAAGAAACAUCAAGAUGUGUUACACAGAACAGACCUCUAUGAAGUACGUCUACCGCAUGAGGAGGAACCACAGACCCCCAACAUACAUGAGGAAGAAAAGCUACCACAUUCCCAACACUUUAAAGACGAAGGAGAGGCGCCACAGCCCCCCCACAUUAAAGAGGAACAUGAGACGACACAGACCCAUAGUGUUAAACUGACCCUUCACAUUAAAGGGCCAGCGGAGGGCCCACUGAUCUUACACACCAACAAUGAAGAGGACCCACUGACCCCUCACUUUAAAGAGGAAGAUAAGGACCCACUGACCCCCUACUUUAAAGAGGAAGGCCAAGAGCCACCACACAUUAAUGAGGAAGAGGAGGAACACUGCGUCAGUCAGCCUAAAUGGUUGGAGGAGUUCCCAGUGACUGGUGUCCCUGUGAAGAGUCUAGAUGAUGAGGUCAAAGGUGAAAGUGAGGAGAAGAGAGAGGCGGAGCCUCCAAGCAGCAGCUCAACACAACACAUGACAACAGAAGCUGAUGGAGACCACUGUGGAGGAUCACAAGCAGACAAGAUCUUAGCUCCACGAUCAGAUAGUGAGGACACAACGUCACACUCUCCUGACACUGAUGAUGAAGACUCUAAAGAUGAUAAGACAUUUCACACUGACAACACUCACUUGAAAUGUUCUCACUGUUACAAAACCUUUAAAUUACCUUGUUAUCUGAAAAGACACAUGAAAACACACACUGGAGAAAAACCUUUUAUAUGUUCAAUAUGUGGUAAAGGUUUCGAACGAAGUCACAAUUUGAAAGUACACAUUAGAACACACACUGGGGAAAAACCUUUUUGUUGUUCAAUUUGUGGUAAAGGUUUUACAAGGAAUGGACAUUUGAAAGUACAUACAAGAACCUGUGAAAACCCACAUUCCUGUUCAAUCUGCAACAGAAUCUUUUGUCAACGAUCAAACCUUGUAGCACACAUGAGAACACACCUAGGAUAGAAAGUGUUGAGUUGCAGUGUGUGUGGUGGAAGAUUCUCUUAUAAGUACCAGUGUAAGAAACACAAGUGUGCUGGUGAGAACAGCAGCAGCAAAUGAAACUGCAGGAUUUGAAAUAAACUGUCAAGACUUUAAUGUUGACUUUUAACAACAUCAGCACAUACACUACCGUUCAAAAGUUUGGGGUCACCCAAACAAUUUUGUGGAAUAGCCUUCAUUUCUAAGAACAAGAAUAGACUGUCGAGUUUCAGAUGAAAGUUCUCUUUUUCUGGCCAUUUUGAGCGUUUAAUUGACCCCACAAAUGUGAUGCUCCAGAAACUCAAUCUGCUCAAAGGAAGGUCAGUUUUGUAGCUUCUGUAACGAGCUAAACUGUUUUCAGAUGUGUGAACAUGAUUGCACAAGGGUUUUCUAAUCAUCAAUUAGCCUUCUGAGCCAAUGAGCAAACACAUUGUACCAUUAGAACACUGGAGUGAUAGUUGCUGGAAAUGGGCCUCUAUACACCUAUGUAGAUAUUGCACCAAAAACCAGACAUUUGCUGCUAGAAUAGUCAUUUACCACAUU